AUGAGUUCCAGCCUGAGCGUGCUGGAGAUCCUGGAUCUCAUCGCUGGGUGUGGAAAGGAAUCUGUUCUUGCAGCGCUACGAACCAGCAAAAGAAACGCAGAUCUCUAUGGCAAAAUCACACAGGGCAUGGAGGGGCCAGGGUACCCCAGGGAUGCCCAGCAGUACCGACUGGUGCGGGACGGAGACUACAGGGCGGCGCUGCAGGCUGCGCACAAGGGGCUCGCCCUGGCGCCGGAUGAUGUUUCACUGAGGCUGAGCCGGUCGGAGGUCUACGUGGCCCUGCAGCGGUAUCCUGAGGCACUGGAGGACUUGGAGGCGGUGUGCCGGAGCGAGCCGGAGGAGUGUGAGGGCUACUUCCAGAAAGGGAAGGUGCUGCUGGCGAUGGGACAGAUGUCAGAAGCCCUGCUGCAGUUCCACCACUGCCUUACGCUGAACCCCGCUUUCCAUGCCGCUCGGCACGAGAUGGAAAAGCUCCUCGCGCAGGAGUCCCCGCUGCCAGGCCCUGUCGUGGAGCGACCGAGCGCCGCCAGCCUGGACGCCAAACACAGCAACUCAGGGAAGGAAGGAGCAGGCCCUCUGCCAAGGCCGCCCCGUGGAGGAGAGUACGGGCAGGAUCUGCAGGGAGAGACGGAAGAUGGGAAGGGGGAAGCUUUGUCUGAACUGAGCCAGCAGGAGCCUCGUGUUCCCCCACAGCCUGCCUGGUGGCCAAGAAGAGGGAAAAACUCAGGGACCUCGGCAGAGAGGCAAGAGGGGAGAUCAUCCGGCAUGGGGGAGGAAACAUCACCAGACACAGCGGCAGCAAAAUUUAGCCAUCGCCACCAGCCGGAGCUUAAGGACCUUCUGAGUGUCUCCGACCUGGAGUGUUCCCUCUGCAUACGGAUGUUCUUCGAGCCCGUGACCACGCCCUGCGGCCAUACCUUCUGCAAGGAGUGCCUGGAGCGCAGUCUGGACCACCGACCCAACUGUCCGCUCUGCAAGCAGAGCCUCAGAGAGUACUUGAAGGCGGGGAAGUACAACCCCACCCUGCUGCUGAUGGAGAUCAUGGCGGCCACCUUUCCUGCCCAGCUGGCGGACCGGAAACGGGUGCACGAGGCCGAGAUGGCAGAGCUCUCAAAUCUGAGCAAGAACAUCCCCAUCUUCGUGUGCACCAUGUCCUUCCCGGGCAUUCCCUGCCCGUUGCACGUCUUUGAGCCUCGCUACCGCCUCAUGAUGCGGAGGUGCCAGGAGACCGGCACCAAGAUGUUUGGCAUGUGUAUGUAUGAGAACGGGAAGAGUUUCGCGGACUACGGCUGCAUGCUGGAGAUCCAGCGCAUGGAGUUCUUGCCCGAUGGGCGGUCCUUGGUGGACACGAUAGGAAGGCGUCGCUUCCGGGUGCUGAGACGGGGCCACAGGGACGGCUACAACACUGCGGAUAUCGAAUACCUGGAGGACGAGAAGGUGGAAGGGGAAGAGCUGGCUGAGCUGCAGCGGCUGCACGAAUGCACCUACCAGCAGGCGCAGCAGUUUUGCGAACACGGGGAUGCCACCUUGAGGCAGAUCCUGCUGCACCGGGGCCCCCUGCCUGAGAAAGAAGAAGACAUCCAGGCCACCAAAGAUGGACCAGCUUGGUGUUGGUGGCUGAUCUCCAUCUUGCCGCUUGACCCCUCCGACCAGCUCCGGCUCUUCGCCACCACCUCGCUGCGAGCCCGCCUCACCCAGCUGAAGCACAUCCUCACAGGCAUCCUGCAGGGCCGCGAAUAUGGCCACCAUCUCGCAGACCUCAGCACGCGAGGCAGGAUCUGAACUCCAAAGCAUGGCUGGCGCCUUGGCCAACUCACCCAGCACUUUCUUUGGGAGGGCUGGACACCUCGCCUGUUUUAUUUCUGUGUGGCCUUCAUGUUUUUAUUGUCUUUUCAUCCUCAUAUCCACCUCUGCCCCGGGCCGUGCACACACCUUUCUGGCAAACAGCUGGAAAGCACAUGCAGCGGUAGCUAGAGUCAUUGGUCCAUUAGUGAUACCAUGCCGUCCAUGCAGUUUUGAUUAAGCUGCUUAGGGGAUUUAGGAGCAUCUCACUCAGUCUGAGGAAGGCAAUGAGUCUGAAGAUGGGGCCAGUCGACGGACACUGCCUUGUCGCUAUGAGCAGAAACCACAUGCCGAUCUGUUUUGGUAGCAUGGAGCAAUCAGUAGAGGACAACCAGAAACGAAUGCCAGGAUCUCGUUGUUUGGGGCUCUUCUGCACUCAGGGGUGCUACCUUUUGCUGGCUUGCCCCAGUCUCUGCACAACUCUGGAUGAAGUUAUAACAGGAAGGGAGAGAUUGCUAUGGCUUCCCGGGAGAUAGAGUUGCUGCCUUCAGUCAUGCCCUCGAUCAGAUCGUCCACAAAAAAGAGAAGUUAAAUAUUCGGAUCUUCAUGGUUCUGCUUCUACUAGCCACUUAUGGCCCAAGGAGAAGUUGCUAUUUGACUCUCCCCCGUUCAGUAGGUUCCUGUCUCUCCGGGUUGCUUCCUUCUCUGCUUUUGUUUGAGUACCUGCAUGUAGGGCAGACGCUUCCUUGCAAAGUCCGUCUGGCAAUGCUGAGAGAAGGGGUUGCCUUGCUUUUGCGAGGGCCAGUCGCCUGUUUCUCACGGACCCGCAGGCUUUUACGGUCAGAAGGGACCAUCGUCAACCUCUAGUGUGACCUCCUGCCUGUUGCAGGCCACGGAACCUCACCCAUCCACCCCCGUGGUAGAGCCCCUAACCUGGAUGCCCUCAAACCAGGUUUAAAGGCUGCAAGGGACAGAGAAUCCACCAUUUACACUAGUUUAAACCUGCAGGUGACCUGGGUCUCAUGUUUGAGGAAGGUGAAAAUCCCCCCCCUCCCCCGCCCACCCGCCACCAGCUGGCUGCAGAUCUGACCGAGGGGAAAAUUCUUUCCUAGUCUCAGCUCUGGCAAUUGUUUAUACCCUGUGCGGGUGGGUAAGUGCUCUUAGGCAGAUUCCCAGGAAAGACUUCUCAGUAAUACCUCAGCCCUCCCUAGCUACUGUGCCCUCUGCUGCAAGAGGAAUGCCAGGGACUGAGAAAUGCGAGGAGAGUUUGCUCACGGCAAUGAGGCCGUGGUUGGAGCUGGAUUGAGUGUAGGCUGGAGUUCGGCUUCCGGGCUAGCUCAUUACGCUUUGGGUUUGAAGGCAUCAGUCUCUCAGGAGAUUUGGCCUACAACUUGUACAAGGUUUCUGACAGCGCGCGUGGGAGAAAUCUUGGGCGGUCCACGUUUCUCGUGCUAUUUCUGCCAUUGGGGGCUGAGAUCUUUUGGCCUGAGGGCUCGGCUGCCGUGUGAACAACCAUCAGGAACACGGGCGCCUUCCCAUGUGGGAUGCAGCCUUGAAACCAAACCUGGAGGGUUUCCUCUAGAAAUGCGGACAGGUGCAGCUGAGGGGCUGGGAUUCUUGUGGCCACGAGGGGCUGUGACACAGAGGUGGGUGUGGAUCUAAACAUCUCAGUAGCAGGAGAGCAAGCGUCUGCGUGUCUACGACCUGUCCCUUUGCACCACGGGUGGAGAUGAAAUGUGGAGGAAGUGAAGCUCAGAUAGGACUUUGUGGUACUUUCUGCAGAUUAUCCAGACACGGUUGUUUUCAAUAUUAUUUGUGGGGGGUUGGGUUUAAUUUAAUUUACUUCUUUAUUUAAAAGAUCAGCACUGGGUUUGGCCAGGAUCUCACCCCUGCCUUUCCCCUCUGCCCCGCUACCAGCGGCGGCUCCGUGUGCUAUGAGGAGAGACCAGUUUAUACCAUGCUACCGUCCGGAGCAAGGUGGGGCUGUAGCAGUCUGACUGGGGAAGCUUUUCCUCUGUUUUCUAUGUGACCAGCAUCCUCAACAACUCCCAUGGACACCUGUAGGUGUCAGGUGUGUUACCUCGGCUCUCGCAGGGUUCAUGUUCCAUCUCUAGGAUUUGUUACCAGGCAGGAAAGGACUGAGACUCUCCAUUCUUGCUCCCCGCCGCUCCCCAUAGUUGGUUCAGGCAUUUCUGGUCCCAUGCACUGCCCUUUUCCUCCUCCUCCUCCCCCAUGUGUUCUUGUGUCACUGGCACUGGAGGUCUCAUUCCCUCCUUCCCAACAAAGUGCCUGGCUUGGGGCGUGACAGUCCAGAGUAGUGGAGGCUUGCUGGUCCAGGUGGAGGCCGAAGGGGGUGGCUGGUAGGGAUGGGUCAAAGCUGGAUUUUUGUCUUCAUGCCUGGAUUUGGCUGUUCCCCCUCCUGCUUUGCUCCUGUUACUACAACACGGGGCCCACAAUGGUCUCUAAAGGCGACCGUAGGGCUGGGAGUGAGGGGUUCUGGCUGGCCUGUGGAGGAGACCCCAGAGUUUUGGGUAGGACGAAGGGCUGGGGUUGGCUGUGCAGAGGUGCUGUGGUAUAUCCCAGAAGAGAUUCGCUUCUGCUGCUGGGAAUGGAAAUACAAGGGGAGAUUUCUCUCUACUGAACUUCGGGAAGUGCCUUUAUUUUAUUAGGGGUGGGCGUGAUUGGGUCGCCAAGCUGAGUGGCAGCCCUGGGCUUUCUGUUCACCACCCUGACCCCUUCCGGUGGCCUCCAGCUGUGGAUUCGACUGCCAGCGUGUUCACCCUGCGCCUUGUUCGUCUCCUGGGACCCACCCGCAUGGCUGCCAGGCCGGUUCUAGGCAGCACGUGGCCAGGCAUCGCAGCUGAGCCGUUUCGCAGUAGACAUCUUGCUUAGCAACGGGCCAGCCCCCGGGACCCUCCCCAUUGGAGCUGCGGCUCCUUCCACGCCUGCGUCGGGCAGAGACUCGGUUGAAGCGCUCCGGCUGGCUUGCCGUUGACUAGGGGCUUUCCUCUUUGCACAAAACGUUGUGUCUGGGCAGAGAAAUAAAGGAGGGUUUUUUGUGUGUGGUGCCUGUUGGAACACUGCCUGGGUGGGUCUGGUUCCUUCCUGGGGGACACUCAAUCAA